CAUGCAUACAAUAGAUGCGUAGAACACCUUUUUGACAGUCGCUUCGUACCUCUGCAGAUUCUACCAGUUCCGGUCAGGUCAGGGCUGGUUCAUAACUUGCCCCAGCGGUGAAUUGAAGACACCUGUUCCUCCACACUAGACAUGAUGGAGACUAGAGGUGAACGAAGAGCUCCAAGAGGACUCAGCUACACGAUGCAGCUGGCGAUAACGCUGGGUCUUGUACUGGCAUUCGGCAGCAGAGGCGAGUCAGCGAUGCCGUGUCUGCGAAGCAAUGUCUACAUUCUCGGAAAACAGUACUUCCAGUACAACUGCUCUUCUCGUGGGUACACAUCCUUUCCAACUAUUCCCCAGGGCGACAGAGAGCAAACAGCCUACUUGCACUUGGACAACAACCAGCUACGCAUCAAUGACAACCAAACAUUCGCGCACUUCGCAGAGCUCCGUCAUGUAACUUUAUCGAACAGUGUGAUUCCACAUUUACUUGACGGAACAUUUGACACGUCACUCCAGAUUACUAACCUCGAUUUGUCGAGCUGUCAAAUAGAAACUGUUGGGCCAAAAGUCUUCUCCAAUCUGCCUAAGCUUGGCUCUUUGUUAUUGAAUCAGAACAAAAUCCGACUGCUACCGCCUAACACGUUUGCUGGACUACCCCCAGGAGCGACAAUAGCACUCCGAGGCAAUCCGCUCAUAGACGACUUCCGGCUCUGCAGAGCGCUCACCAGCAAAUCCACGCCGUAUCGUUACACACUUUCUCCAGACCUUAACCAGAGGUUUGGGGGCUCUCCCUUAUCUUCUGUUAUUGUUAAUACGGUAUGCAAUCGACCAUGCAACACCUGGAGACCGGAUUAUCUGAAAGUCUGCCCUGAUGCGUUCUGCAAAGGAACUGUGGCCAACCACCAGUGCUUUACGAUGGAUCUCAGUUCGUACCUUUGGGAUCACUGCCACGAGACUAAUAACGUACUUAGGAUGGCCAGCAGUAAGGAGAAAACGUUCUGGCAAGCCAAGGCCGUGUGUGACACGCUAGGCCUCACGACCUCAAUGGUCACGCCAUAUGAUUUCAAACACGGUUGUGUACAGCGGCUGCUUGCCAAGGUCCGUCAGCAGUACAGUCUUGACUACACGCCCGUCGUGUGGUUGGGACAAUCUUAUAACUAUCAAGGCAACAUCAGUUAUUUUGCCAGCAACAGAAACACUUACUGGCCGGCAACGCGCAAACUAUAUUAUAUGUGCAAAGCCUCUCUUGAGUGAGUGUUACAGGCCAUGUUUUCUAUCCUGGCAAUCUUUUUGCUGUUUCAUCCUCUUUCAUAUUUUUUCCUUUUCUUUUGGACUAAAAAAGCCACAUCUUACGCCUGAUCAUGGGGUGGUGGCGUCCCAGGGCAGCGGAAAGGUGGUUAUUGACCAGGGAGUUGUACGACUCCUUGUCCUUGACCUGCCCGGUACGCGAACCCGUCAAUUUUUUUUACUAAAUUCCUUUUUGUUUGUCUCACUACAUAGUUCUAGCGUUGCAAUUAGUUCCUCACCCCUGUUGCACUUAGCUCUCACUUUACUUCUAUUGUCUCACCUUCCCUCAUUCUAUUUUUAGCACUUUGUUUUGUUCUCGUAACACAUUAUUGAAUGUAUAUAAAUAUUAUUGAUUUGGCAUGGUUAUUCUUCAGUCACGGCUUUCCACUGAUGAUUGUGACAAGAAAAUCGAUUUUGGUAAA